UACUUUCGCCUGCUAUCCGUGAAAGCUCACAUAAGAAGAUGAUUUCCUUUCAAGAAGAUUUUCUAAUGUAUUUAGAUGUAAAGAGAUUGUUUAAAAUAUAAAUGUGAAAGGUAUCUCACAAGUGGGGAAAGGGUGAUUGUGCAGUCAAUGAAUAUACAGAGGAUAUAGUAUAUCCAGGAGCUUGGCUGAUGUAAUUAUUAUAUUGGAGUAGGAAAGAAGGACACUCACCCUAUCCUGGGCUUGCUGUAAAACUCCAGUGAAGUGGAUCUCCAGAAGAGGCCCUUCCCUGCUGGCAGUCAGCUCUUAAAUGGGUCUAGGAGAGGUGCAGCCAGGCUCCACGCCUUCCUGCAGCACAGCUGAAUCGCCUUCACCUGUGCUCCAUGGCUGACUCAGUGCUCGCCUCAGGUGGUCAAUCAGAGGCUCAGGCCGUGAUUCAGCAGCCCCAUACAAUGAUGGAGAUAAUGGCUAGAACGUACUGAUGUCCAGUGCCCACAUAUGAAAGGCCAUGAGGACGGUCAGUGGCAGCCUCAGGGCUGGGAUUCUAUGCCUGUGAAGCUGUGCCAUGGGCUUUCAUGGAUGUUGAGGGAAAGCUCAAGCUGCAUGUCUUAACUCAGUAGAUGGUUCGCAGCAGUCUUUAAACAGAAAUACUCAGGACAUCCCCAGUGUCAGCACUGAGUCAUGAAAUGGCCCUGAUAGGAACGUGCAGUCACAACUGACAUCUUCCUUCACCUUGAGAUCUUUGAUGUCCCUAUGUCCACUUUCCUCCUCACAGCCUUCCUACCGUCGCUCCACCAUGUGGCAUCUGAUCCUGUGGGCAUCGCACCCCCCGUGGUCACCAAAGCACUUAAAGCUGGUCACCAUCUACAUGCUGGUGCUCUUGGUAUCGCUCAGCUUUGCUUCGAGACAGAGCAGACCUUUUAAACAUCAAAUAGACAACAGAAGCCCUGAGAUUGAUCCCUUUUGGUACGUGGGACGUGGUGUUCGACCCAUUGGCCGGUUUGGGAAGAGGCAGCUGAGAAGUGGCCGUGGAAGCUUAAGGCCUGUGAGCAGGCGCCUGGAUUUCCUCCUGAAUGCCUUGUGGGAGCAGGAAGUGUUGGAUGCAGAACACGGUGACUGGUGAUGGCUGUGUCCCGAGGCGGUGACCUAACCUCUGCUCUCCAAGUUGCCCCUGCCUGCACCUCAGGGCUCUGCUUUUGCCUGGCAAUCCCAUGCUGCUCCUCUCUCUGCUGCGGCAAAUUCCUUCAAGAAGAAACACAUUGAGAGUAGAGGUAAAAGGCAAUGCGUUGACGCCAGCACUAAGUGUAACCAUAGCUUUAAAAAGCGUUUCUUCUCUCUUUAAUCACCGCCGUUCCCUUCUCUGAGCUGUGAUGAUGCUGCACACUGUAACGUUACUCUUACCCAAAAUCCAAAGAGCUCCUGUGCUGGGAUUUAAACUCAACAGUGUUAGUGUACCAUGAAAUCCUCCUGUCACAUUUUAAAGUCAAUGGCUGUUGGUAUGUAAAAAUAAAAAGCAAUGGUUGGAUGAAAGAAAAAAGGCUCUCGUUACUUUUUAACGUACCUGCAUUAACGGCAUGAAAUCUGUAGCUUUUAUGCAGAGUGUUAACAU